AUGUCAAGGACCCCCUUGACUUGCAUGCAUCAUGGGCCGAACAAUGAAGAGGUGGACUGUGUAAUGGAUGACGAAGUGAAUUUGAAGGGAUAUAGUGAUACCUGUGGAGAUCCUCUUCAAGCCAACUUCACCUUUGCAGUAAGUGGCCUGGUACCAUUUCACCUACGGCUGCACUUGGCUGUGGAAUAUCAGGGCCACACAGAGAAGCCAUCAGAGACCUCAGGAAAAUCAGGUUCAGCCAAUCCAACAGAUACUCUUGUGCAGCACACUGUGAUUCCUCCAACA